GUUGCCUACGCUUUGACGAAUCGCGCAAGAGCAGAGGCGCCUCCCACCCUCCGUGCGAAGCAGCCGCUCGAGUAGAGACGCACACACACAGCGGAGUUCGAUCCAUCUCUGCCUGCUGCUAGCUAACCCCGCAGGAAGGCCACUGCGGGAAGAUGGCGACGGAAAAACAGAAACACGAAGGAAGAGUUAAAAUUGGACAUUACAUUCUCGGAGACACACUCGGAGUGGGGACGUUUGGAAAGGUUAAAGUGGGCCAACAUGAGCUGACCAAGCACCAAGUGGCCGUGAAGAUCUUGAACAGGCAGAAGAUCCGCAGUUUAGACGUGGUGGGAAAGAUACGCAGGGAGAUCCAGAACCUCAAGCUUUUCAGGCAUCCUCACAUAAUUAAACUGUAUCAGGUUAUUAGCACCCCUACAGAUAUCUUCAUGGUGAUGGAGUAUGUCUCAGGAGGCGAGUUAUUUGACUACAUCUGCAAAAAUGGAAAGUUGGAUGAAAAGGAGAGUCGUCGGCUGUUCCAGCAGAUUAUUUCAGCAGUAGACUACUGCCACAGACACAUGGUGGUGCACCGAGACCUCAAGCCUGAAAAUGUGCUGCUUGAUGCACACAUGAAUGCCAAGAUUGCAGACUUUGGAUUAUCAAACAUGAUGUCAGAUGGAGAGUUCCUACGAACAAGCUGUGGUUCUCCAAACUAUGCUGCUCCUGAGGUCAUCUCAGGAAGGUUAUAUGCUGGUCCAGAGGUAGAUAUCUGGAGCAGUGGGGUCAUUCUCUAUGCCUUGUUGUGUGGGACGCUUCCCUUUGAUGACGACCACGUGCCAACACUGUUUAAGAAGAUCUGUGAUGGGAUCUUUUUUACCCCGCAGUACCUGAACCCGUCAGUAAUAAGCCUCCUUAAACACAUGCUGCAGGUGGACCCCAUGAAAAGAGCCACAAUCAAAGAGAUCCGAGAGGAUGAGUGGUUCAAACAGGGCCUGCCAAAGUACUUGUUCCCUGAGGACCCAUCGUACAGCAACAACAUGAUUGAUGAUGAGGCUCUCAAGGAGGUAUGUGAGAAGUUUGAGUGCACAGAGGAGGAGGUCCUGUCCUGCAUAUAUAGUCGCAACCAUCAGGAUCCAUUGGCUGUCGCCUACCAUCUCAUCAUUGACAAUCGUCGCAUCAUGAGUGAAGCCAAGGAUUUCUACCUGGCGUCGAGCCCUCCUGACUCUUUUCUAGAUGACCAGCACCUGACCUCGUCUGGUGCAGCUGUGUCUGGCAUUGUCAAGCCCCACCCUGAGCGUGUACCCUUCCUCUUGGCGGAGACUCCUCCCAGGCCACGCCACACACUGGACGAAUUGAACCCCCAGAAGUCCAAGCACCAGGGUGUUAGAAGGGCCAAGUGGCACCUGGGUAUCCGGAGUCAGAGUAGACCCAAUGACAUCAUGUCUGAAGUGUGCCGUGCCAUGAAACAGCUGGAUUAUGAAUGGAAGGUUGUGAAUCCUUAUUAUCUACGUGUGAAAAGGAAGAAUCCGAUUACUGGGAUGCAAACCAAGAUGAGCCUUCAACUCUACCAGGUGGACAGUAGAACCUACCUCCUCGACUUCCGUAGCAUAGACGAUGAUAUGUUGGAAACAAAAUCUGGAACUGCUACCCCUCUCCGUUCUGGGUCUGUGGGCAACUACCGCACCACUAUUAAGAACGAUGUUGACGGUGCAGAUGCUCCAGCUAUGUCUAGCACUGUGCCCCUCACCAAGGCUGCAGAAGGCUCCUUAGCUUCAUCGUUGACCUCAUCCAUCGACUCAACAGGGGGGGACACCCCAACUGUCCCUCGACCAGGAAGCCACACCAUUGAGUUCUUUGAGAUGUGCGCAAAUCUUAUUAAACUACUUGCACGAUAGCUUGCAAAACAAUCGCUAGCCUUUUUUCCUCUCCGAGUGUCUUUAUAGCAAUAAGCAUGCAACCGAUUCAUGGCUCUAUUCAUCCCGGCUGAGGAUGAAGUGAUUGUUCCAUGGCACUGAUGCAGGUUAGUGUUCCCUAAGCGGAAGGGAUAUAUACUAAGCUGGCAGGAAAUGUAAGGGGUUACUUGGAAAGAUGGAAGGUGGGCUACUUAAUAGCUAAGA